AUGUCUCGCUACUCAAGGCCUCCGAACACAUCUCUGUAUGUUCGUAAUGUUCCGGAUGGCACACGCCCAGAGGAUUUGAGAAGCUUAUUUGGAAAGUAUGGACCCAUCUCUGACGUCUACAUACCCAUGGAUUAUUAUACUAGACGGCCUCGUGGGUUUGCUUAUAAAAUCCUUAACAGUAUCACAUUUGAAGAUCCACGAGAUGCAGAUGAUGCCUUGUACUACCUUGAUCGCACACGCUAUUAUGGCAGGGAGCUGGAGAUCGAAUUUGCCAGAGGUGAUCGAAAAUCUCCCGGUCAGAUGAGGGGAAAAGAAAGAUCUCGCAGAUCACCAUACUCAAGACAUGAUGAUUAUGACAGAAGACGAAACCGAUCAAGAAGCCGCAGUCCAAGGUACCGCUCUUACUCCCGCAGCCCAGAGACAAAACGGUACAGGUCUCGCUCACACAGCCCUGAGGAAGCCAAACGUUCUAGAACAAGAAGCCGCACACCAAGAAGAGAUGGGAAAUCUUACAGCCGAUCUAGAAGUCGAUCAGCAUCAUAUGACAGGACAAAGGAUGUUAGAUCUCAGAGUCGAUCCUUGAGUAGAAGUCUCAAGUCUGAUGAGGAGAGAGAGGCUUCACCUGUAGAAUAA